UGCAUCCCAUUGUCCUGUUAUUGAUGUGAUUAUCAAAAUGGCGACGUUGCAAUGCCAUAAGGCUGAAUGCCUAAUCACGGGAAGGUCGUUCCUGUGUCCAACCCUCAUCAGGAUGUCCGCCAGGGCAAUGUCUAAGACAGCAGAUUCUAACACUUCAGCUAAGAGUAAAAGUCCACGUCUAAAUCCUAUCAAGAUACAGAUGCUCUCUGAAGGUCUGCAUCGACAGGUGUUCGGCACAUCGGACCAGAAGAGCGUUGAGGAGAGCAUGGUGAGGAAAAGCAUUGAUCACCUCAAGUCACACGACCUCUGGGGCCGUGACACGACCAUCCUACCAGAAGUCGACUUCAAGCUGCCGAAGCUGUGCGGCAAGGACAUAGCCGAGCACGUCUCUAAUGUGGCGCGCAGGCAGAGCGAACCAUACCUGAGAGCGUGUGAGGAUCUUGUCGCAGCCCCGCUCCCUCCUCCCCCCGCCGAGUGGGCGUUCCGCGCCGGCUGGACGGCCUACAAGCCGGACGGCAGCGCAACGGCCAUCGACUACCCGGAGGAUGAUGGCCUUGUGUUCGACAUCGAGGUGUGCGGUGCCGGCAGCAUCUUCCCGACGCUGGCGACGGCAGCCUCCCCAACCGGGUGGUACUCGUGGUGCAGCGAGCGACUCACGGGGCAGAGCCUGCAGUGGGCUCAGCAUCCCUCCAUCUCCGACCUGAUCGCGCUCGAGACGAGGCCCGGCAGGGUGAAGCCCGAUGGCGACUGGAGGCAGCGGGUGGUCGUCGGGCACAACGUGAGCUACGACCGCGCGCGAGUCAAGGAGCAGUAUCUGAUCGGCAGCACGAAGAUGCGCUUUGUCGACACUAUGUCGUUUCACAUCGCCUGCUCGGGUCUCACAAGCUUCCAGCGCACAAUGUUGAUGUCACUGCGAACGGGCAACCAGCCGAAGGAGGUGCGCGAGCGCAAGUUGAAGAUGAGAGGACCUCCGAAUUUGAACUGGAUGAAAGUGGGUUCGAUGAAUGGCCUCGCAGACGUUUAUCGACUAUACUGCGGCAAGGAGCCACACAGUAAGGAGACGCGCAACGUGUUUGUCAAGGGAACGCUGGACGACGUGCGCGCUGACUUUCAGAACCUGAUGACGUACUGCUCGAACGACGUGCUGAUCACGCACGAGCUGCUGCAGCGGCUGCUGCCAAUGUUCCUCGAGCGGUUUCCGCACCCGGUCACGUUCGCCGGCAUGCUGGAGAUGGGGCAGGCGUACCUGCCCGUCAACAAGAACUGGGAGCGCUACGUCGCUGAUUCCGAUGCGACGUACCAUGACCUGCAGAAGGAGCAGAAGCUGUCGCUGAUGCAUCUCGCCGACGAUGCUUGCGAGCUUACGAACCACGAGCGUUACAAGUCCGACCUCUGGCUGUGGGAUCUAGACUGGACGGUUAAAGAUCUCAGGUUGAAUAAAUCGCAGACGAAAACUUUAAAGAAGACGAAAAAGAGCCAAUCAGUGCUUGAUAAAGAAGAAACUGAAGCAUCACAGGCGGAGUGUGAGAAAGAGAUGGAGAAUGCUGGUUCCGCAACCAAUCCUGAAGAUAUUGUCGAUGACGAUAAGGAGGAAUGGGAUGCAUUGAGACAAAGAGUAGAACCAGUGAUCAAAACAGCAUCUAGACUUCCUGUAGUAAAAUCGCAUCUAGCCGGUUACCCUGCCUGGUACAGAGACCUCUGUCCGAGGAAUAACAAGAACGUGGGAGAAGAUUGGAUGCCCGGUCCAUCUCUCAUCAGUUCGCAGGUGCGCGUUGCCCCAAAGCUGUUGCGUCUAACGUGGGACAGCUACCCCGUCUACUACAGUGACGUCCACGGCUGGGGCUAUCUAGUUCCAGGACGCACCGACAAUCUGCUGCACGCCAGCGACGAAGCCGUCCGGCUGGCCGAGAGUGCCAUGGCGCAGCUAUCGUCCAUCAAUCCGCAGAAGCAGUUUGCAGUCGCCGACGACGGCAACGACGUCCUCAAUAAGCUGCUGGAACAGAUCGAGGCAUUGAGCGACGACACGAGCGCACUCUCCAAGAUGUGGCAGGCGUUCCGCAAGAUGGAGAGGAUCGCGAAAAAGCGACGGAAGCUGGAGGAGACGGGCGGGGCUCCGUCGUCGCACAAGGGCAACGGGCCGUACAACGCUGACGUCGACGUACCCGGAUUCUGGUUCUUCAAGCUCCCUCACAAGGACGGAGAAUCGCUGCGCGUCGGCAAUCCGCUAGCGAAGGAUUUUCUAAAGUGGAUCGAGGACGGCAGCCUUCGGGCGCAGUCGGGCACGAAAGCCAACAAGGCGCUCUACCUGAGCAAGAUGACUUCCUACUGGAAGAACGCGCACAAGCGCAUCACGACGCAGAACCCAGUCUGGCUGAAGAAGUCCGAGCUUCCUCGGGUCGUCACCCGGGCGCCGGCGUACGACGAGAUGGGACUGUACGGCGCCAUCGUGCCCAAGGUCGUCACCGCGGGAACGCUCACGCGGCGAGCCGUCGAGGCGACCUGGCUGACGGCGAGCAAUGCGUAUCCCGACAGAGUUGGCAGCGAGCUGAAAUCGAUGGUGCAAGCGCCCCCUGGCUACCACUUUGUCGGCGCCGACGUCGAUUCGCAGGAGCUGUGGAUCGCAGCGAUCCUCGGUGACGCGAACUUCGCCGGCCUGCACGGCUGCACGGCGUUCGGCUGGAUGACGCUGCAGGGCAGGAAGUCCGAGGGAACGGACCUGCACAGCAAGACGGCGGCGGCGGCUGGCGUCACGCGCGACCAGGCCAAGGUGCUCAACUACGGACGCAUCUACGGCGCAGGCAGGCCGUUCGCGCAGCGCCUGCUCAUGCAGUUCAACCACAAGCUGACGGCGGCGGAGGCGCGCGAGACGGCCGAGCGCAUGUACGCCGUCACGAAGGGCACGCGCGCCGCCGCACCGCACGGCCCCGCCCGCUGGCAGCACGGCAGCGAGUCGGAGAUGUUCAACAAGCUGGAGGAGAUCGCGCAGGGGGCGCUGCCGUGCACGCCCGUGCUCGGCGGCAGGAUCAGCCGCGCGCUGGAGCCGCGCGCGGUGGAGCGGGACUUCAUGACGAGCCGCGUGAACUGGGUCGUGCAGAGCUCGGCCGUCGACUACCUCCACCUGACGCUCGUCUGCGUGCGCCACCUGCUGGACGAGCACGGCAUCGACGCGCGCUUCUGCAUCAGCAUCCACGACGAGGUGCGCUACCUGGUGAGCAGCGCGGACCGGUACCGCGCGGCGCUCGCGCUGCAGGUCGCCAACCUGCUGACCCGCGCCAUGUUCGCGUGCAGCCUCGGCAUGCACGACCUGCCGCAGUCCGUCGCCUUCUUCAGCAGCGUAGACGUCGACACGGUGCUGCGUAAGGAGGUCGGCAUGGACUGCGUAACGCCGUCGAACCCGCACGGCCUGCACAAGGGCUACGGAGUGCCCCCUGGCGAGGCACUCGACAUUUACGCGAUCCUCGCCAAGACGCGCGGCGGGAAACUGAAGUGACGCUGGAAGAUUUGAUUUCACGUCGACUUGGUUAGGAGAAUGUGCACUGGAAGAUAGUGAUGUACGG